GCUUGCACAGGAAGUGGUUGUUUGUCGCGCUUGCUGAAGGCUGCGUCAUACAAUACGGGCCCGCACUCAGCCAUUUUAUAUGAUAAUUUAAGCAGUAAAACCAGCAAUUUUGGCGUGAAAUUGUCUGAGUGUGUCAGUUAAUAGGGCUGUCAACCUAAUGAUGUAGUGUCCUAUUGUGAUGUUUGUGUGUAUCUCUAUUGUUGCUUUAGCUGAGGUUUUGGCUGCUUGAACUACACGGGGCUGCCUGAAGACGUAGAAGGUUGACGAAAUGUCAAGACCAAGGUCUUCGCCACCUCAAAGCAGGAGGCCCCCAUGGAACGACCGUGGAUCUUACAAAGGCUUUGCAGGAUACAGUAAGAGUCGAUCUGACUGGAGUCCCACUCUCAGAGAUGAAGAUCACAGGUUCCGUGAGGGCAUGAUCCCGGAAGGCCAGAGAAGAGCCUCUCCCUCUCCACAGGAUCCCAUUUGGCGUCACCAGGAUGACGAUGGGUAUUACCGCGGGAGGCCAUCACCUCGUCGUGAUGCGAUGGACCGCCGUGUCCCAAGAUCUUCUACCCAGCGUGACGGAGGAUCAGAUGCGGAUAGACAAAGAAGAGAAGACAUGCAUUUUAGUAAUAGGGGUUGGGCACCAUGUUCCCCUUCGAGGUUCCCAAUGGACCACCAGGCUCCAAAUUCUCACUCGGAUCAUUCAAAAGGAGCACCGGACUGGAGGCGAGAGCAAUGGGGGCAGGGAGGCGGGCGGUUCAGAGGAGUCAGCCCCACUGUCAGGUCAGAUGAGCAAAGAGGAGGCAGAAGAGAGAAGAACGCUGAGGGUCCCCACAGAAGCAGACCAAGAGAAGAUCUGCACCAAGAGAUGAGCCCCCCCUGGAAGAGGGCAAGAAGAGAAAUGGAGCCCCAGCAUCACAGCGGGUUCAGGCGGGAAAACAAGGUCUUUGGUGAACAGCGCUCCUCACCAGCCUUUGAAGGAGACCACCGCGGGGGUCCUCCCCAUAAAGAUGCUCACGGAUCAGGAGCACUUGCUUUUGACCACGAUCACUACAACCAAGACAGCUGGAAGCCACCCCAGCAGGAACAUUUAGAUCACGGAGACCAUGUCUUCAACCAGCAGAGAGAGUCUGGUCCACGGAGCUCCUCACAGGAGGGAUUCAGGACGUCAAAUAACAAGCCCGAUGUCCGUGAAGACUCCCGAAGACGCUCCUUUGCAGAAAAUUGGAGGGGAGACUAUGAAAGCAGGAGGAGCCCACCACCACAAGAGCGGGCAAACGUCCCAAGAUUUGCCAGACGACAUGGUCCCGCAAACCUUAGAGGGAGGUGUGGUCCUCAUUCUGCGAGAGAGAGGUUCGAUCACAACCAUGUCAGAAACGUCGGACCCCCAAAGUACCGGCCAAACUUUCACCACUUUUCCCGGGGAUACCAUGGAAAUGCUCGAAAGGAUCAGAGAGUGGGAUUCAUACCUCAGGAGGAAGCUCAAUACUCAAAUGCCAUGGAGGAGGACGAGGACGAGGAGGAGGAGCAAAGCUGGACAGAAGGAGAUGGACACUUGGAGCAGAUCAGGCCUGCGAGUUUAAAGCAACACUUGGCGAGGGACAACCCGGGAAAGGAGCAGAAUUGGCCGUUUGAUGGCUUGGAGGAUAAAAAGUCCAAAAACAUGACGGUGGUAACGGAGGAAACGCUAACCAUUAAAGUGGACAUGAGCCGACCGGCACACGCAAGCACGCUGUGUUAUUCUGCAGAUCGCCAGCUCUCUCUAGACCUGGUCAACGUGGGACGCCAGCGUCUGGACUUCUUGCCCUCCAUGACGGAGCCAUCCAGAAGCAAACAGGACGGCACCGUGCACACUGGAACGUUUGCGCAGGAAAUUAUUACACUGGUGCAUCAUGUCAAAGAGCUCUACUUUAAAGGUGAAGGCAUCACCCUGAACAAACGCUUCUCCGCGCCCCAAAAAGGCCACUGUGAAGAAGAGGGUGCGGGGAUGACUUUGGACCAGAGGUUUUCAUCCAACAACUUCAACUCGAACAUGUCAGCAAAGCCUCAAGACGACCUCUUUCCCCACCAGCCCAUGCAUGGACCGGGCGACCUGAGGCACGAUCUGGAGCGGCGGCGACAGCAGCGUCUGGAUGGCGUGACCAUCACCAUACCAGGAAGCAGCCAGCGAGGCGCGCUCAGCACGGUCAAGUUCGGCGGCGAUGAUGUGACGAUUCCAGAAGUGCAGGACCACAGAUGGGAUGCCAACACGAGUUCCAGGAGAGGAGGAGCUCCUUCCAGAAUGAACGUCGGACCGCCACAAAGGUACAGGAACCGGCAACCCAUGGGGGGCCAGAACCACAACAACAACACAGGUCCCAGCUGGUGACGGCCCCCAUCGUUGGCUCUGAACAGCGUCCGCCGACCCGCUCAAGAAGACGCCAACAAGCGGCUGUCAUCAUGUUUUGUCUGCUUCACCUGCUGUCUUUGUUUUCGUGUCUCCCCCUUCCUUGUUGUAUCUUCUCGCUCUGUGUUACUCCACCCAUUUGACAAGAUAACACUGAAAUCGUUAGCUGUUAGCAGAUCUAGUUUCUUUAGGUCUGACACAUUUAAAUGUCAUGUCAGGAGUAAAAAAAAAAAAACAAACAAAUCACCUCAGCCUUUGUGUGGUGUUUUGUAAACGAUAAAAGAUACAUUUGUAGCGCUUAACUCAGCCCCCAACACACACAGGAAGUGAUGACAAAAGGCACGAACGAAGUAAAAAAAAAAAAAAAAAAAAUACAUAAAAUAGAACCUGUAAAACCCAUGAUAGAAAAUAAAACUUAGUGAAAAAUGCAGCCUAAGUUGGCAAGAAGUUUGUUCCUACAAGCGUCCAUGAGGUAAAAAGUCUUGGGUGCUGUUUCAAUUGCUGCACUUCCACACGUAACAUUUUGAGUGCCUUUACAAAAUGCAUGGAGUACCCGGAUGUUGCCCUCAAAUGGUGAGAGUGCAGUGAUGGACCCUAACUACCCUCAAAUGAAGUGCAAGUGUGCAAAUUGAAACAUAGCCCAGUUUUGGUCCACUGACGUAUACACCGUGCAAUGUGGCUUCCUGUAUUCACAGAAGUCUCCUGUGAAGGGUGAGAAGGCGGCAGUGCCCAGGGGCGGUCCAGGCGGGGGCGUCCGGUUAAAGGUGGGACUCGCACGACAACGGCCUGAACGCCACCUCCGUGUUCUCCUCCAUGAUUAUGUCAAAGCGGCACAUCAGCGGCCUAAUGGAGCACGAAACAUAAGUCACAAUAAAAACAUGACACCCUGCAGGUCACAAGGCGGUCUCCUGUUCUGCUGACCUUUCUGGCUGUUCCAGCGGCGUCAGUCGUAUCCGCAGCAGUCUGAUUUUGUAGCGUGGGCCGAUCACAUUGCCGGUGUUGAUGCGUAGGGAGAUCUUCUGCACAUGCGGCAGGUCCUCGUCGAACUGGGCCAGGAGACGCGUGGACGUGAACUGCUCGAAGCGCAGGAGCUUGCUGUGGAGGGAGGCGUGAUGAGAAUGAUGUCAUUUACGUAGUGUCCCUUUUAAUUUGGAUGAAUGUAUUAGAACUAGAGGGAUACUGACUGGUCUAUGCGGGCCUCAGUGAAGGUCCUGCCACCGUGCAGGCGGAUGUAGACCACCCCCCAACGGAGGUACUGGUUCCAUGUCACCAUGUCCACCCUGUAGUUGAGUUCUGGCACAUACGUAGAACGAGCACUUUAAAAGAAAAUCCAAAUUGUGAAUUGAAAUAAAGGUCAUGUGACUCACUUCUAUAGGGGAGGGUAGCUGUGGUGCUGAAGAACACUUUGGUCUGCCCCAAACGCAGGAGGCUUUCACGCCACUUGCUGACAUCGUAACCUGAGAAGAAAAGUGUCAACUCGGAGUUCAAAACUGCAAUACAGUACGCCAUUUGUAUUGCUCACCGAGUUGAGGGCAAGGGGCGGGCUUAAAGGCCUCGCACUGCAUGCACCGCCCAUCCAGGAAGUCGGCAUAGGAGGCGCACGGGUAGGCGGUAAGGCUGCAGGUUUGGUUGAGCGCGCACAAGUACAAAAACACUGACCGCUGGUGGUCACACACGAAGUAAGACUUCCCUGUCGGGUGGAGAAGGGGGUUCAUGCUGCCGUCAAGACUGUGUGUAUUUAUGUGCUUACCGGCAAAUAUGGUUUUGGGGCACCCCGGUUGGUCCGCACCCCCGUUGGCGUAGAAGUCAAUGUGACCGUGGGCGCCUCGCAAGCCAAAAGCUGCAGCACAGAAAUUAGGGAGCGUGUGUGACUGCAAAACUGGUUCAGCUUUUGGAGUGUUGUGUAUGAUUAGUGUGCGCUAAUAGAGGUUUGUUUACAACUCACAGUCCAUGUCCGUGUGCAGCACGUCAACAAACAUGGCGUCCGAAGGGUCCAGCCUGUCGUCUGGAGUGGCGCUGGUGAAGAGGGGCCCCGCCGGGUCCAAACCUGGACCACAAGCAAACAGAGGAGAUGCUGUAAUCCUACAGUACUGGGCGAGCUACUUCCAAAAUGUAAUAUAUUUUAUUACUAGUAUACUAAACAAGUACAAUAUCUAAUACACUGGUGGUUGCUAGCAAAAAGCCAGCCAAUGACAAGACAGCGGGAAAACAGAGUUCAUGUCAGAUUAGUUUCCUUCAGAGUAUUUACCUGACAGUCCACUUUUUCUUUUUUUUUUUUUACCUGUAAUGCGUCCGAGCUUUCCCUUCAGGUUGGCGCCCACAUACCCAGCCAGGUGAGCCCCCAAACUGACCCCAAUGAGGUGAAUUGAACUCAGCGAGGCUCCUUCCUCCUAAGGACACAUUCCAUCUUUACUUACAUGAGCUCCCAUUUGCCAUCACGUCCGCACGUGAAGUCUCACCUGCAUGCUCAUGAUGAACCCUGUCAGGUUGUAGGCCGCGUCCCUGGUGUAGCUCACGGCAGUGAGGUAGUUGAGGUUGGCGGCCCCCCGGUUCCAGUCCACCACGAUGACGUUCAUGUCCUCCUGCCUGGCCAGCAGGCGCACAAGGUGGUCGAUCCAGAUGGGCGGCGCCCCUGUGGGGCGGUAGCCGUGGAUGAUGAAGGCGGUGGGACGGGAGAGGUUGAAGAGCGGCUGCGAAGGGAAGAGGUGGUGGUGGAGUUCGCGGCCGCAGUCCAGAUUGGAGCGCGUGUAGAGGAGCAGGCGCACGUACAGACUGGUGCCCAUGAAGCAGUGGGACAGGUUCAGGUCGGUGAAGUUGUCGCAAGGAUCGUCAGCACCCGGGUCCUCCCAGCCUGGACCAGGAAUGUGGACAACAUGACUACAAGUCGGGUAUACAGUAAUCUUGGUGAAAAAGUCUAUUUGAAGUCUAUUUGUUCAUGUUGGCAGGUCUGCACUAACACUGAAAGUACUCCCUGCCUCGCACACCCCCCUUGACAGUUCACCGCACCCCCCCAGAGGAGCCUGCCCCAAUGUUUGAAAAUUGUGUUUUGUUUGUUUCUCAUAAUAUGACACCUUAAAAAAAGGUGUAAUAUAAUUUAUUAAAUACACUUUGUAAUAAUUGAACUGUAUGCUA